GUCGACGUAAAAAAAAUUACAACUUAGAUAAGGUGUAUAAUGAUUGUUACAUUGUUGGAUUUUGACUUUAUUUUUCUUAAGUUAGAUCUUAGUUUUGUGCUAUAAAUAUCAUUGGUACAUGGAUCUUUUAUUGAAUCAUUUUAAAUUAAAGUCUUAAUAUCAUCAAAAAAUGUGGAGAAUUACAUUAUACUUUUUCAUUCUUUUUACAAUUGACUCAACAUUAGUUAAUGGUGAAUCAAAAGUUCCAUGCUUUUUUAUAUUUGGAGAUUCGUUAUCAGAUGUUGGCAACAAUAAUAUCCUCAAUACAACGGAUAAAUCAAAUUAUUUACCUUAUGGUGUUGACUUUCCUGGUCAAAUUCCUACAGGAAGGUUUACUAAUGGUCGUACCAUAGAAGAUUUUAUUUCUCAACUUUUGGGAUUUCAGAGAUAUAUAAACCCAUAUAGUACUCAAAUGGAUAAAGAUAUAUUGAGGGGCGUCAAUUUUGCAUCUGGUGCUGCUGGAAUUCUCCCCAAAACUGGAUCACGAUGGGGUGAUCGAGUUGGGAUGGAUCAACAAUUAAAAAAUUUCAAUACAACAAUCUCAAAGCUUAAAUCGAUGGUUGGUGGUCCUGUCACUAACUAUUUAAACAAGUGUUUGUACACUAUUAACAUUGGUAGCAAUGACUACAUUGAUAAGUAUUUCAUGACAAAAAACUAUCCUACUGGUAACCAAUUUGCCACUAACCAAUAUGCAAGACAACUUAUUGCUCGGUACAAACUUCAAUUACAGGCAUUAUAUGAUUCUGGUGCGAGAAAGAUUACGGUGUUUGGAUUACCUCAAAUAGGUUGCACUCCAGCUGCAUUCAUUAGAUUUAAUUCAACCAAAUGUGUUAAUGAAGUCAACCAAGCAGUAGAAGCAUUUAAUACAAUGCUUGUUUCUUUAGUGGAUUCUUUCAAUGCAAAGCUUCAUAUGGCCAAUUUCACGUUCAUUAAUUUGUAUUCCAUGCAAGCCUCAACUUCACCUCCAUCAGGCUCUGAUACGAAACAUGCUUGUUGCAAAUUAAGAAGUGAUUUCUUAUGUGAGCCAUUGUCGACACCUUGCCAAAAUAGGAAGUCGUAUGAAUUCAUGGAUGGAUUUCAUCCAACCGAAAUUGUAAAUGAAAUAGUAUCAAAUAUUAUUUUUAACCCUCCCAAUUCAUUUGUUCAUCCUAUGAGUAUUAGUCAAUUAAUUAACUAAUAGCAUGGAUCAAAGAUAUAUUUAUACUGUUAUAUCAAUUUUGAGAUUAACAUUGUGGAUUAGUAAAAUUUAUACUCUCCCAUUUUAUUAAUUUGGAUCUUUUUAUGUUGCUAAUCAAUUAUUGUGCUCUAUUUUGAAGAACCAUGUUCAAUGUUUCUCUCCCUUUAAGG